AGAAGCAUGAGUCCUCCAAUGGUGUACACGACUCGGGAAGGAUGCAAGGUAGAUGGGUCACGACUCUCCGAGUCAUUGUCAAGGAUAAGGAAGACUACUAGACCAACGGGAUCGCGGGAUCGAGGUAGGCAUUGGUAUAUUGAACACCCCAUUUCUCGAGCUAAUCGUGCGUAUCCGUUCUGUCACCAUCGUACAUGUAUUUGUCGACGCAGACGUUCGCAGACGUUUGAGUACUGCCGCAGGGUAGGAGGCUCUCGAUGAACGGGUUGGCGCGGAAGCAAACAAAGGGUCAGAUUGCAUCAAACCGACCACGUGAAAAAGAUUGGUGCACGAAUCAGUGUUACAGGUUGCCAACAACUCUCCCACUUCGCCACCCAUGAAUAUUCCGGAACCCCGUCCGCUCAACGAGACAGAUGCCCUCAGCUACCUUGAAGCUAUCAGGAUACAGUUUCAGGGCCAGCCUGACGUCUAUAACCAAUUUUUGGACAUUAUGAAGGAAUUUAAGAGCCACCUGAUCGACACACCAGUUGUCAUACAGCGUGUAUCGCAUCUGUUUUCCGGUCACCCUCAGCUAAUUAUCGGAUUCAACACAUUUUUGCCAGCGGGGUAUCGUAUCGAAUGCACCUCGGACGGUCCGACUCACAACCGAAUCACCGUCAUCAAUAGCGACGGAACCACUAUCCUUUAUCAGCAACCCCCGAUUCUACCUCCGGGAUGUUAUUCAGCAUUCUAGGAGGGAUCUUGUGCCAUCAUGCCCUACGGAGUUUCUUCUGCCUUGUCAGCAGUGCCUCCCGCAGGACGACAUCUCGAUCCUCGAU